AUGGCGUCGUCGAUUAUGAUGAUGAAUACAGCUACUUUAAACGAUAUAUCAUACAAAUCAAAAUGAAUUAAAAUAUAUUGAAUUCAAUAAUAAUCAAUGAAUAAAAUCAUCAAUAUUAAUGGGUAACACUACAAAUUCGUCACUAUUACCAUAUCAUCGAUCACAAACUAAAUCAGCUAAAGAAAUGAUGAUACAAAGUACAAAUUAUGAAUGGCAAUACAUGGAUAUAUAUCUGGACCUAAGUGAACGUGGUCUUGGCAUAAGUAUUCGUGGUGGUAUUGAUUCACCUAAUCAUGCUGGUUUUCAUGAUAUUUAUAUUUCACGUAUAUUAGAAGCCGGUGCCGUUGCACGUGAUGGCCGUAUACAAUUAGGCGAUGUGAUUGUCAAAGUGAAUGGCGAAUCAUUAGAAAACGUUACACAUAAAGAAGCGGUGAAUAUAAUUUUAUGUGCCGGUCAAUAUAUGCAUUUUCAUUUAAAAAGAAGAAAAUUCAUUGAUUCAUCGGAGAUUUAUGAACAAAUUGAAGAAGCAAAUGAAGAUGAUGCCUUAUUAAUCGGUAGUAAUCGACAAACAAGUUUUGAAGAAGAAUUACUAUUUGAUAGGCAACAAGUUGUAAAAGGAUAUAAUGAUUGUAUCAAAGUUGAAUUGAUUCGAAAUAUCAAUGGAUUCGGUUUCAGCUUAGUUGGUGGUCUAGAUAAUGAAACCAGAGAAGGUGAUCCUGGUAUCUAUGUGAAUAAUAUUAUUCCAGAUGGUCCAGUUCAUCGCAGUGGACGGAUAAAUAUUGGUGAUGAAAUCGUAGCCAUUAAUAAUACAAAUCUUGAAUGUGUACCAUAUAAAUGGGCACUUGAUGUUAUACGAAAUAGUCCAGCAUUGUCUGUAUUCACCAUAAGAAAAACAAUAAAUUGGGAUUGAUUUUAUUGAA